UCUUCUCUCUCUCUCUAAAACUAUUAAGUUCCUCUCUCCACACCAUUAAACCACCCCCACCACCACCCUCCUCUCCAUACAAUGAGAAGAAGAGAGACAUAAAAACAAAAGGUGGUAGAUGCAUGAGCCACAAACCCAGUUACAUAAUCUCUCUCUCUCUCCCUCCCCUCUCUUGCACACUCACCACCUUUCCUUCCUAAAUCCUAAAUCCCUUUGCCACUGAUUGCUCACCAACCACCUCUUCGAUUCUCCUCCGGCUCCCUCAACCGCCGCCUUCUUUGCGUCUUCAGUGAUCCAAGGAGCUAGGUGAUAACUGUGAUAUUUGAGAGAAGUGACCAAGUAAAGCGGUGUACGUUAAUUGAAAAUUUUGAGUCAAAACAUGGUGAGCUUACGAAGACGCAAGCUUCUGGCACUAUGCGCUGGGAGAGGUUCUUUCAUCGCUCCACUUCCUAGGUCUUUUAAUGGAACCGCUGCUGCAAAUCCCACCCAUAAUAGCAAUCCAGUCAGAGUGCAUCCAGGGCCUUCAGUUGAUGUAAACCAGCUAUUGGGGAAUAAAUUAGGGCCUAAAUCAUCAAAUGAAUCUGGUUCAAGCUCAUCAAAAGAGCAACCCAUUCAACCAGAAGCAGGGCCACCAAUAAAACGCAGAAAGCGACACAGGAGAAAGAAUUUUCAAAACCAAGAACCAUGUCCAAUGAGAGGCGUCUAUUUCAAAAAUCUGAAAUGGCAGGCAGCAAUAAAAGUAGAUAAGAAACAAAUUCACCUCGGAACUGUUGGUUCACAAGAAGAGGCUGCUCGUUUGUAUGAUAGUUCCUGCCCUCCAUCCUUCCACCUGUCUGAUGGGGAUGGAUGGCUUUUCUGUAAGGCGGGCAUGGGGGGAGGGAUGGCAUUACGCGACCCAGUCCAAGCAGGGCCGGGGGGCGGAGAGGGCUGCCAUCCACCAGCAGGGCUGCUUUCAUGUGUGGGAGGGAACCCAACUUUGAGCUUUCUGAGGAGGAGAAGAAAGAACUUAGGAAAUUCGAGUGGGAAGAGUUCUUGGCCAUUACCCGUCAUGCAAUUACUAGUAAAAAACAUAAAAGAAGGCUUGGAACAGGGUCUCAGAGGAGAUCCGAGUCCCCAAUGGAGAACAGUGAAUGGGAUGCCAAGCAAGAAGUCAAUAGCCUUUCAGCUUCAGAAGAUGUGGAGCCUGACAUAUCUGCCUCUUGAAAACUAUGAAAAGAGACUAGGCUGAUAUUCUGGUUCUAACAGUGAAGUUGUAGUUGAUAGGGCUCCAUUUUUGGUGUGUGAAGCCCUCGUAUAGGGUAAUAAUGGUAUAUUUCAUUGUCUCCUCUUAAGAAAAUCCUUGUGACUUCUACACAAUAAAUAUUAGUUCAAUACUGGAUGUGGAGUAGUUAUUUAUCA